ACUCGCGACCUGGGCUUCCUGCCCAUACCUGCACGUUUGCAGUACGACCCGGCCAAGCCGCCGCACUUUGGUCUGCUCCUGAACGCCGUGUUCGGGUUUGCGAGCACGUUCAUCGUCGCCAACCUGUACUACUGCCAACCCCUCCUCAUCCAGAUGUCCAAGUCCUUCGACGUCUCCUACACCUCCGUCUCCAAAAUCCCGACGCUCGUCCAAGCCGGCUACGCCACCGGCCUCCUCCUCAUCUCUCCCCUCGGCGACCUCGUCCGGCGGCGCCCACUAAUCCUCCUCCUCGCCCUCCUCUCCGCCUCGCUCACGAUCGGCCUCGCCCUCACCCGCUCCUUCGCCGCCUUCUCCGCGCUCUCCUACCUCGUCGGCGCCGUCACCGUCGUCCCCCAAGUCCUCAUCCCCCUCGCCGCCGACCUCGCCCCUCCCCACCGCCGCGCCUCCGCCAUCUCCGUCGUCCUCUCGGGCCUCCUCUUCGGCGUCCUCCUCGCCCGCGUCCUCGCGGGCGUCGUCGCCAACUUCGUCACCUGGCGCGUCGUGUACUACCUCGCCAUCGGCGUCCAGUACGGCGUGUUCGCGAUGCUGUACGCGGUGCUACCCGACUACCCCGCGAAGAACCCGGGCUUGACGUACGGCGGCAUACUGUGGACGAUGGCCAAGUACUGCGUGACCGAGCCGCUCCUCGUCCAAGCCGCGCUCGUCAACAUCGCGAGCUCGGCGUGCUUCACCAACUUCUGGGUCACGCUCACCUUCCUCCUCGGCGGCCCACCGUACAACUACUCCACGCUCGUCAUCGGCCUGUUCGGGCUGAUAGGCAUGUUCGGCGUGGCGAUGGGCCCCGUCGUCGGGCGGACGAUCGACCGGCUCGUGCCGUGGUACGCGACGCUGUGCGCCACCUGCGCGCUCACGCUCUUCCAGGCGGUCCAGACCGGCGCGGGCGGGAUCGACAUCGCGGCGGUCGUGAUCGCGUGUCUCGGGCUGGACGUGUUCCGGCAGAUGCAGCAGAUCUCGCUCACGACGAGGGUGUUCGGGUUGGACGAGAAGGCGAGGGCGCGGUUGAAUGCCGUCAUGAUUCUCUCGCUGUUUAUCGGGCAGGUGAUGGGUACGGCGACGGGCACGAAGGUGUUUGUGCAGCACGGGUGGCGCGCGUCGGCGGCGCUGUCGAUGGGAUGGAUGGGCUGGCAGCUGGUCAUCUUGCUGCUGAGGGGCCCACAUGUCCCGCGCUAUACGUGGUUUGGGUACGCGGGAGGGCUCGAGGCGCGGAAGAGC